AUGGUCGGGUUCCAAGAGACCAAGUUUAGCUCCUGGGACCACGUCAAACGUGCCAAUUAUUUUAUCGCUUCUAUCGACUCGAGGGCGGUCUAUUUCUGGUCUCACGGGGCGGACUCCGACUACUCCGGGUCUCGUGGCCACGAUGGCGUGGGUAUCGUCUUCCGGGGCGAUCACCCCUUCGACUCGCUGAAGGACGUCUCCAGCUCAUUUGCCGAUGCAGCUGAGCUGUCGCAUCGAUACCUUGUCAUUGAAGCUACUAUUGGCGCGACGACCAUUUUUUUUCACGUCAUUUACGCUCCCGUGUCCGGCGAUAUGAGACGGACUUUUUUUGACAUCCUGCCACACUCCUUCCCCGACGGGUGCCAUCACUUGGCGCUCGGUGACUUCAACGUACCGAUCGACCCAUCACUUGACGAGCGGGUGGCCUCCCGUACAUCACCUGGAGUUGCCGAGCUGCUCAAUUGGCAAUUGCGCCUGGGGGUCGUCGAUGCGUGGCGUACCUUUCACCCUCUCCUUCGGGAAUUCACCGGUCCCGGCCGGCGGAACCGUAUCGACUAUGGUUUCGCAUCGUCGGAGCUUCUCGAGGAUUACGUGGUUUGCUUCGAUCAUGUCAAGGACAAGAUCUGGCACCACGCCGACCACCUACCACUGUCUUUUACGCUUCAAUCUCCACUCUAUCCUCAGCGGACGCAGCUGCCGUGGAAAUGUCCAUCGUGGUUGCUUAAACAUUCCGCCGUCUCUGCUGUCUUAGGGCACUCCCUCGACGCCUUGCGGGCUCGCAUCCGAACCGGUAUCGCCGACAACCCGGGAGCAUUGUAUGACGAACACAAAAGGGCGGACGGAAUUUACCUCCGCCAAAUGUUUCACGUACUGAAGAAUUCUGACGCCGUCGUGGAACGGUACCUCACGCAGGACUUGCACGAGGCUACGUGUGCCCACGCCACCGAGAACUCGGAACCUUCAGCGACUAGUCUCCUCGCUGCGCGGGAUGCGCUGGCGACGCACAAAGCCUUCAUCCAGUCUCGGUGCGAGGCUGCUAAAUUCGACAAGGAUGUCAGCACUGGCGAGUCCGGGUCCUCGUAUUUCUUUCGUUCUCCGAGUUCGGUCAAUCUUCGGGUCUCCAUACCGAGCGCUACACGUCCGGACGGGUCUUCGACGACAGACCCUGACGAGAUGGCUGAGGUUCACCGGAAAUACUGGGGUUCUCUCUAUCGCAGCCCCUCUCACGACUUCAUCUCUUCGACAUCCGUGUCGCCAUUCCAACCUCUGGAGCUUCUACGCCUUCUCAGGCACACCACUUCAUGCAUCUCGUCUGCCGACCAAGUGCAUCUCGAUGCGCCUAUGACGGCAAACGACUUUUAUUGGGCCAUCACGACUUCAGGACGCGGCAGGUCAAGUGGUUUGGAUGGCUUGCCGAUCGAGUAUUUUCAGCUGUCGCCCCAUAAGUGGGCCCAAGUUCUCGAAGGAGUGUAUGCGAGCCAGCUCCGUCUUGGUCGUAUGACCAAAUUUCAGCGGCGCGCCUCCAUCACACUUCUUCACAAAUCCGGGGACCGCGGGGACCCGAGUAACUACCGCCCGAUCACACUUCUAAACCAUGACGCCAAGCUUGGGCCCAAGAUUAUGGCUCAUCGACUUCGGAACGUCCUGCCCCACGUCCUCCACGGGGACCAAUCCGGUUUUGUCUCCGGCCGUUCAAUCCGACAUUCGCUUGCUCGGUUUCAGGAUCUUCAACAAUUUUGUUCUUCGUCUGGUCGCACUCAGGCAGGCGCUGUCCUCCUGGACUUCGCCAAGGCGUUUGACAGCGUCCUCUGGCCGGCUUUGCGCCUCGUGCUUGAGCACAUGGGGUUCGGCCCUCACUUUCUUCAUUGCGUCAAGACGUUCUAUACCGGCACACUUGUUGCUGUUCUGGUUAAUGGACGAGCUAGUCGCUACUUUGAGCUCGGAUGCGGGGUCCGUCAAGGUGACCCCCUCUCUCCUGCUCUUUUUGUUUUAUUUCUGGAGCCCAUGCUCAACUAUCUCCGGGUGACUACCGGUUCUCUCGGGAUACGUGUGCCCACAGAUGCAACUCGACACCACUUGCUCGCCUUCGCCGACGAUUGCACAGGCUUCCUCGACGACUUGGCAGAGACACCACUUUUCUUGCGGACCGUCCGUGGCUACGCUGACGCCGCCGGUCUUAAACUUAACGUUUCAAAAACGAAAUUGCUCCCGUUCACAGCUUGUGCUCCGGAGCUCCGAAGCUCACUCGUUGAGCUCGGCUUCACCGUCGUGGCAGACAAUGCAUCUACGAAGCUACUUGGGAUUGACCAAAGCCCGUGUCUCCCGGUAUGUCGACGCUAUGACCGCAUUCUGCCUCUCCUGGUUUCGAGGUGCCUUUUGUGGCGUUACCGCGCCCGAACACUACGUGGUCGUGCGGUUAUCCUCCGGACUAUAAUACUCCCAUUGCUUUGGUAUACAGCGGCAGUCACUCCGAUGCCACCCGCGGUAGCCGCACAAGUGACUCUACUCUGCAAAGCUUUCCUGUUCAAGCGCGUUAUUGGAUCUCCAUCUUCGAUCCGGGGGCCUCUGGCUGAGGAAUGGCUGUAUUGGCCGACCUCUCGAGGGGGUCUCGGCCUUCCCAACGUCGCUAUUUUUGCUCAGACUCUUCUACUAUGUUCUUUGCGGGAUGCAGUUUCUUCGGCGGGUUCUCCUUGCAUCAUCUCGCGCUGGAGCUCUCCUGCAAUAGCUCUGUUCUCUAUGCCUCUCGGUCCGUCCGGCUCCGGUUUCGACAUUCUCUACUGCGCUGUUCCGAAAUCAGUCGCUCCAACGCCUCAGUGGGCUCUACUAGGGCGCUUCUGGUACGCUGCCUUACAGACAUGGCAACGUCUUCGGGACUCGUCGCACCACACGUCGGCACUCUCCCAAUUUUUGCUCGACGCCCCACUUUGGAGGAAUGUCUACUUCAAGGUCGGCACUCUCGGUCGCUUACUUGAAGACUCUUCUACCUUGGUUACCCAUUUCAGGAAUCUGGGCUAUGUGCGCCUACGUGAUUUCCUCCUUCGUCAUGGUCGGCUGCCUGACAAGGCACUUUGCCUCUCCAUUUUGGCAGGGGUAGCCUUUGGAAGCCCCCCGACUGCGCUCGCUCGCUGUCUCGCAAUUUCUUUCCAAAUUAUCACUCUGGUGCCUCGCCUCGGUUGCUGCUUCAUAUGGGCCGGCCCUCCCUGCCCACCUGUGCAGCGCGCGUCAUGGCUGGUCCUUUCAAGGAGUCCUCUUUGGUCACCUCCCUAA